AGGUCGAGUGACGAGCACGGUUGGUCCUGCUUAUUAAGCUGCUUCUGAAGCUGUAGUAGUUGUGCAGUUUGAUCACAGGUAGGGGUUCUGUUGCGAUAUUUUGUUAUUAUCGUCUUCAGGGGAUUGUGUCUUUGCGGGGAAGUUGAAGCUUAGGGAAGAUGAGUGCUCCAAGAGCGGCGCAGUUGUUGCAAAGCCUGGCGGGAGCUGCGAUUGCAUUUGGAGUAGGUGGAAGUGCGCUGAAUGCGUCCCUAUAUACUGUAGAUGGUGGGCAUCGGGCGGUUUUGUUUGACAGGUUUCGGGGAGUGUUGGACGAGACUGCUGGCGAAGGGACGCAUUUCUUAAUCCCGGUAUUACAGAAGCCUUAUAUCUUUGAUAUUCGCACGCGACCACGAUCGAUCACGUCUGUGACGGGAACGAAGGACUUGCAAAUGGUUAACCUGACGCUGCGAGUGUUGUCCAGGCCAGAUUCUGGGGAGCUUCCGACCAUCUUUAAAACAUUGGGAACGGAUUACGAUGACAGGAUACUCCCAUCAAUUGGAAACGAGGUUUUGAAAGCUGUAGUUGCGCAAUUCAAUGCGGACCAGCUUUUGACUGAAAGACCCUUUGUAUCAGCUCUGGUACGAGAUGCCCUUCUCAAGAGAGCGAAGGACUUCAAUCUCAUAUUGGACGAUGUGGCUAUUACUCACUUGUCCUAUGGCGCGGAAUUUUCACGAGCAGUGGAGCAAAAGCAAGUAGCUCAGCAAGAGGCAGAGCGGUCGAAAUUCGUCGUGGCCAAGGCAGAUCAGGAACGAAGGGCGGCUAUUGUUCGCGCGGAGGGUGAGAGUGAAGCUGCCAAACUCAUCUCUGAUGCUACUUCUAGCGCGGGAGGAGGCCUAAUCGAGCUUCGUAAAAUUGAAGCUGCAAGGGAAAUUGCUAGCACUCUUGCAAAGAGCCGGAAUAUCUCCUAUCUUCCUGGGGGAAACAAUAUGCUGUUGGGCAUAAAUCCAUCCAUGUGAGGCAGGGCUUGAUGAGAAGGUAGGACUCUCAAGAAUACUCCUGGUCUCUUUCUCUGGCUGGUGGAGUUGCAUUCCGGCUUCUGUGACAAAAUAGAACUUUUUUUCUAUUCUAUUCUUGGAUUCUUUUAGAUUUCCUAAAAUAGAAAACUUAUGACUCCAAAGGGUGAACUUUAAUACUUAAGAUGAAGAACUAUCGGGGCCAUCCAGUAUUGUAGGAUUCUUUCUCUCAAGUUCCAUAAUUGGUGAAGUAAUCUAUCAUCCUUGAAGGCCCCGUAUUCGUCAGCCCUUAACAUGCUACCCACGAUACAGUUCUCAGUGUAUAUGACGAGGACACAUAGAAUUCUUUGAGGCAUCCUCUUGCCUGGUACCAAGAAUGAUUUCGUAACAUCCUUCCGAAUGUCUUGUAUGUUUAUUUCUGAUUGCUAACCCAUGUGCUAUCCCAUGUAAUGACCUUGAA